AUCACUGCUGGCAGGCGCAUAAGUCCCAUGCUUACCACAUUCCUUGGAUCCAAACCAUGCGACUUUCUCGCGAUGAUCCUUUCCUGGUGAUGUCCUGCGGCCAUGCCAGCCAUCGAUGCGGCCGCCGCACCGCCAGUAUCACCACGCACCGGGGCUAUCCCCACAGCCAUCCAGGAACCACCCGCACUAAACGACGCCGUCAGUCUAGGCCUUGUGGUGGUCCGAACCUUGACGGGAUUAUGCCCUUUGCAGAAGAGGCUGGCGUUCGAGGCGGGAAUUGCGAUGGGCGCGGUACCACUGCUGAUCGGCAGUUGUCCCUGGCCACACUCACCGGCCACUCUGCGCUGUGCUACCCAUCCACCGUGCCAUCCUUUGGUCCUUGGGCCUGUUACAUGCCUGGAUUUUGAGGUUUCCUUGAAGAUUAAGCAUCGAUCCCCGGGCUGCAAUCAUGAUGUCCAUAUGAGCUGUCUUGAAGGACUAAACUUACUUCAACGCCAUGCGACAUCCCGGAAUAACUGGGCCCUUUGUCAACACCUCCACCAAUCAUUCUUUUUGGUCCCAGAGGUAGUACCAACCCUGUCUGGCCGACCGAAUUCUAGAUACUGCAUACAGCACAGCACCCUGAACCCUAGCCUCAGGCAACUGCCAGGGCGCCCUCUGACUCUACAGUCUACACCCCGUCCUGGCCUCCUUUACACCGCGCAAGUGCACUUUGUCGAUCGGAAUACGCGAUGCUACCUUGUUGAAAUGCCUAGACCCUUGAGCGAUAAUCAUAUGGGCUGCAUAUCAUGCAACUUCUGGUCUUGAUUUUUAGCUCGAGGAAGUCCUCUGGAGGACGCCGAAGCCUAACGUGCGCCGUUGACUAGAUCCUGUACGAUGGGCGGAGAGCGAGCAUGGACAUCACCAAAUCAGGCCUUUUCCUCCGUACUAUUGAUCGUUUAGCAUCUAGUGUUUCUUUGAUGGGAUGUCGACCACCACAGCAUACGUAGCU